AUGGUGGCACAGCCGAGCUUUCACACCCAACGGCCCAUCAUCGUAGGAGACGGCAUUGAGUCACCGGAAACGAUCACUCUCCGGUACGAGGAAGAAGCAGCGGCGCGAGCAAACGGCGAGGGAGAGUCUCCUACGACGCUGCUCCCGAUGGCUACUUCCACCUUCAAGCAGCAGCUGCCCCAGCUUCACGGGUAUGCUGAUGCGCAAUACACCCAUACGCAAUAUCCCACCCAGUCAUACGCACAGCAGACCGAGAAUGGACAGUCACAACUAAACAACCUGGCAUUCGCAGCGAGCAGCAAUGCUGCGCAGUACAUGCCGUCCAGCCCGGGCUCUGCCUUCAACGUUAUUUCCACCCUACCCACCGCCGGUCCCGAGGGCACGAGGAUACAGAUCAAGAUCGCGAGUCAGUACGAUUUCAUGGCGAUGUCAACGGCCUCACCAUACGUUUGCGUUCUGUUCGGCUCCCAGAAAUGCGCCGCCAAUUGGUCAAAAGAGGUCUCGCAAGACGGCGGCUGCGUCUACUGCGUCACGGCCGACGCUCCUGACUUUAUGACCACCGGAUGCCACACGCCAAAUGCCGUCCCCUUGACGGUCGUGGUCGAGAGCGUGGACGGGCAGGAGCUGGCACGGGUGGACAGCGCGGGAUCAUUUACUUAUCACGACAGUAAAGCUGCAGGCGCUGCUGGUGUUAUGACCGGUGCUGACCAGAGCGCGUGCGAGGAUGUCAUGGCCAAAUCGAGCAGGUCACCUGGCCGGCCACACCUGACCGUGCGGACGUCCAGCACCAGCCCGGCGCAGUCGCAGCUGUCGUCCAACUCGGCUACAAAUACCUACGACUACACGCCGACCGUUGACAGCGCGGUCGCGGCCGCCCAGCACAACUUCGCAUCGGCCGCCCAAACCUUUGGCCACGACAACAACAUGCUCGGGCCCUACAGAAGCUCGUCGUUCUCGGUCGCCGACAGCUACUCGCGCACGACCCAGCCUCCCAUGCUCAGGCAUCCCUAUGGCUACGGCAGUCUCUCCGCCGACCGGUACACUGUCGGUCGGGGAUCUCUGGGUCACGGUCUGACGGCUAUUACCCGCCCGUCUCUGACCCCGUCGCUGCCCGCCCCCAACUCGUCCGCGCCUCAGCUCGUUCGCACAAGCACUCUGCAGUCUACGAGCGCCUCCAACCCGUGGGCUCUCUACCCUAACCGGGCCGUGCUCAACAUCGUCGGCAACCUGGAUGCCAUGGCCAGCGACUGGAGCCAGCAGGAGUGGGAGGACAAGCGCCGCAUCGUGGUGUUCCGAAAGAAGCAGGUCGGCGGCCACGUCGAGGUCACCUUCAAGCCCGUGCCCAUCGACCAGCGGCAACCCCACAGCAUCUGCGUCAGCUGCAUCUGGUGGCAGGAGAAGGGCGAGUGCUUCGUGACGUCGGUCGACACCAUCCACCUGCUCGAGCAGCUCGCCGCGGCUCCCAACCGCUUCACGGUCGAGGAGAAGAACCGCAUCCGGCGCAACCUCGAAGGGUUCAAGCCGGCGACGGUCAGCAAGGCCAAGGCCGACAGCGAGGAGUUCUUCAAGAUCAUCAUGGGCUUUGGCGCGCCCAAGCCCCGCAACAUCGAGAAGGACGUCAAGGUCUUCCCCUGGAAGAUCCUGUCGCACGCGCUCAAGAAGAUCUUCUCCAAGUACUCGGCCAGCCCCUCCUCGCAGACGCUGCCCCCCUCGGCCGCCGCCCCCUCCACCACCCACAUGCUCACCCCGAGCUCGCUCAACCCGUCCUACCCUACGCUCCCGCCCACCCCGGGCUCCACCACCACGCUCCCGGAUACCUCGGGCUAUCUCGGCGCGCAACCCCACGCGUCAGACGGCCUGCUCAGCCCGCGGUCGCUGUCAACCACGUCUACGUCGUGGGGCUCAUACAGCUCGGCACCGCCGUCGGCACAACAGCAACAGCAGCAGCAGCAGCAGCAGCAGCGCGCCAUCUCGCCGCACUCCAAGAUGCCGUCGCCCACUGCGCCCAGCCUGCGCAUGAGCAGCAUGAGCGCAGGCAUGCCGGGCGCGACGACCAUGGCGCCCAGCCCCGUGGGCUACGACGCGCGCGCCAAGUCGAUGGCGCACAUCUACCAGCUACAGGGCGGGCAACAACAACAACACCAGCAGCAGCAGCACCACCACCACCACCACCUGGGCACUCCCACCAGCGCCGGCAUCCCCGUCAGCCAGCAGCAGGCCGCGGCGCACAUUCCGCGCUGGGAGAACUACAGCAUGGCGGCGCCGGACGCGGGCGCCUACUCGAGCCCGCACUCGCAGGGCCAGAUCUACGGUGCGGCGCCAGGGUACGAGGCCCAGCGUGCCUAA